AUGAAGGAUCUGGGACCAUUAUGGUAUUUUCUUGAUAUUGAGGUGGCUUCUUCUCCCAAGGGUUACUUUCUAUCCCAGGCUAAGUACGCCAACGAGGUUAUCCAUCCUGCCGGACUUACUGACACAAAGCUUUCUGAUACCCCCAUUGAGCUUAAUGUAAAGCUCAACACUACUGAUGGUGUUCCUUUAGACGAGCCUACUCAGUUUGUUUCUGUUCCUCACUCUACACAUUGGGCUGCUUUGCUUCGGAUUCUUCGAUAUCUUCGCAGUACUAUCUUCCAGAGCUUACUAUUCUCUUCUACUUCUUCCUCAGACUUGGUGGCUUAUGCUAAUGUUGAUUGGGCUGGUGAUGUUAAUGAUCGUAAAUCUACUUCUGGUUUUUGUAUGUUUCUUGGUGAUUCCCUGAUUUCUUAG